GACGCGGGCUCGGUGUCGCCGGCGGCGGCCAAAAAGUUCAAGCAGCUCCUGGUCAUCGACGAGCCGCACACGGACUGGACCAAAUCUUUUCGUGGGAAAAAGGUCCAUGGCGAAUAUGAGAUCAAAGUAGAACAGGCACAAUUUUCAGAGAUCAAUUUGAUAUCUCACGCUGAUGGCAAUUACGCUGUAGACAUACAGGCAUUCCGAAAUGGCACUAAAGUUGUCAGAUCAUUCAGGCCUGACUUCGUUCUUGUUCGACAACACUCAUUCAGCAUGGCAGAAAAUGAAGACUUCCGUAACUUAAUUAUUGGGAUGCAUUACGCUGGAAUUCCAAGUAUUAACUCCUUGGAGUCAAUCUACAACUUCUGUGACAAGCCCUGGGUGUUUGCCCAGUUGGUGUCCAUCUACAGAACUUUGGGACCAGAGAAGUUCCCUCUAAUUGAACAAACUUUUUAUCCGAAUCACAAGGAAAUGCUGACAUUGCCAACAUUUCCUGUUGUUGUGAAGAUUGGACACGCUCAUUCAGGCAUGGGAAAGGUCAAAGUAGACAACCAUUAUGAUUUUCAGGAUAUAGCCAGCGUGGUGGCACUCACUCAGACCUAUGCCACCACUGAACCCUACAUAGACUCCAAAUAUGACAUCAGGAUCCAAAAGAUAGGCAACAACUACAAAGCCUACAUGAGAACUUCUAUAUCUGGAAACUGGAAAACAAACACUGGAUCCGCAAUGUUGGAACAAAUUGCCAUGUCAGAUAGGUACAAGUUUUGGAUUGACAGCUGUUCUGAGAUGUUUGGAGGUUUGGACAUAUGUGCAGUCAAAGCAGUACAUGGCAAGGAUGGGAAGGAUUAUAUUUUUGAGGUUAUGGAUUCUGCCAUGCCUUUGAUUGGCGAACAUCAAGUGGAGGACAAACAGCUGAUAACUGAGCUUGUUGUAAGCAAAAUGAACCAAAUGUUGUCUAAAACACCCGUACCCUCUCCUCAGAAACCGACUGCCACUCAGCAGCCCCAGAGCGGAUCGCAUAAGGAAUCUGAACCAAACAAAGUUCCACCCCAGCGACCACCUCCUCAAGGGGGCCCAGUGCAACCCCAAGGAAUGCAAUCACAAAACCAGGAGCCAUUGCAAGCACAGCGUGUGGUCCCUCCGGGACAGUCAGCAAAGCCCUCAAGUUCCCUGCCUCCACGUCCACCGGGCUCUGCGAUUCAACAGCCACUUGCUAAGGCCCCAGGUCCUUCAACGGCUGGAACACCAAAGGACACAGAGACGGAGCCCACGUCAGUUCCACCACAGAAGCCUCAGCCACAUCCACAGUUGAACAAAUCACAAUCUCUAACCAAUGCCUUCAACUUCACGGAGUCAUCAUUCUUUCGAUCCUCUGUGAAUGAGGAUGAAGCAAAAGCCGAAACCAUCCGAAACUUGAGGAAAUCCUUUGCCAGCCUCUUUUCAGAUUAGCCAUGCAGAGUUUAGUUGUGUGCCCUUGUAAUGUGUCUGGAAGUCUACUGUGAACAUUGUUUCGCAAACGAUCUCCCUGUGAAUGAUCCUCAUUUGCUUUUCCAAUGUUGUAUUAAGCAAUAUGUUAAGGUCUUUUUCAAAAAGGGACUAUAAUGAGGUAUAUAUUUCAGGUAUUUUUUUAAAAAGCUACUAGAAAAAAGCCAAGAGGAAAUAGCUAUACAGCAUAAUGCUUAAAGUCCUCGUCAACUGUGAUAUCGUGGCCUUACCAUUAAAUGCGCUAGGUCCUCACAUUAGGCUUACUAACCAUGAUGUAAUCUUUGUGUGAUCAUCACAAGAAACACGUAUAAUUCAGUUUUGACCAUAUGAUAAUUCUCUCCAGUGUUCAGCUCACUGCAUGUUUGUUUGUUGAUUUAAAGCGUUUUGUUUCAACCUGCUUUCUUGUCUGCAGACCUUCAGGAUGUAACUUCACAUUGCUGUUUUCUUGUUAAUUCACUCUCAGCUUGAGAGAAACUAAGGCCAUUUUGUUUCCUUUAGCAGGCUUGUCAUCGGUUCUAGGUCGUGUUCAAAGAUGCCAAGAGCAAACCCCUGGUUAACCCAUGUUACAGAGCUAUGUGUGUCUAUAUUACCUUGACCCUUCGUGUUGGUUGUACAAUUGUUUGCGAGUUCUCAGCAGCGACGUUCAAUUCAAGUUCCGUGCAUGACUUCAUGUUAACCGUAGUUCCAUGUAACCUUCUAAUAAAUGCAAAGUUGUAUUCACAG